GAUACCCGGUGACGCUAUCGUCGCCAACGCUCCUUUUCCCUGUGCGCCCAUAUCGUUUUCCGAUUUCUCUAUCCCGCUCAGCCUUUAGCCUCCUUCUGCACCAACACACCCACGCCGACUAGCUCGGCACACUAUUCGCCGUAAUGGAUCCAGGCUACAAUAUGGAUGUGGAGGAUCUCUUCGGAGACUCAGAGCAUGUCCCUUUACAUUCCAUCAGUGCCACGCCGCCAGUAAAAGGCCUCGCUAGGCGAGUCGAUGACUUGGCAUCUAGCGGAUGUUGCCAGAGAAUCACCUGGUCCAAGAACGGAUGCGUAGCCUACAUCAGCCCAGAUGGCUAUAGUGUCUACCUCAAGGUCUUCUCCCGAGACCCCAAAACUGGCAAGUGGGACCUGGGCAAACAUGUUCCACUUGAACUUCCCCAGGGCCGUGACAUCUUUCCAUUUGUUCAUCUGUCAUGGAGUCACCUGGGCAAUGAUCUCGCCGUCAUGGAUGAAGCUGGCCGCGUCCUCAUCUUCACCUGUGCCAUGGCUCUGGACCGGCUGCAUUUCACCAGAGCCGAGCUAGCUCAUCCGGAAUCAGAAGUAGACAGUGUAGUAGGAAUGCACUGGCUGGCGAUUCUGCCAUAUGAGCAAAAAAACCACAUUGCAUGGUCGGCUGCGCGAGAAGGAACCAAGUGGAAGUGGAACAUCAAGUCUCACGUGUUCCACGAUGCACAUCAUCCUGUUGAUGGCAAAGCAUCUCUCAUCUACCUCAAGAGACACGGGGAGCUCAAGCUUCGGUUUCAGCAGCAUGAUAACAACUGGCACGAGUCUGUCGCCCAGUUGGGGCCUCUGGUAUCGACCGAGGAGCCCUUUACACAUGCAGCGUUUGCGUCCAACAACGACAACAGCUUGUUGCUGGCUACCUACGACGUGAAGAGUCGACUGCACUUGUAUCGCGUUGAAACUGUCUGGAGUAUUCCUGUUGAGAAGCGUAAUCAAAACGCAGGGCCCUUCGAAAAACCCACCAUUCAGGUCUCCUUAAUUAAUAUCGAAGACAACUGCAAUCCCAUCGACAUAGCCAGCGGUGACCUGAGCAACGGAACAGCGCCAAAGGGUGCAGCUGCCGCCCAAUUGACACAUCUGAGCUUCCUCCCCGUCACGCCCGAGCAAGAUGAUGGCUCAAUACCCACGAUUCAAGCCAUCUUCAGCAGACCGCCAAACCUUAUAUCCUUCGAUCAGCUCAGUCCACAGGAGACACCGCACAGUGUGAUUGUAAAAUGGGAGGUGCACCACAACCAACAGAACCAGCUACAUUCAAGCCUCGACCAGGUCACGUCGAAGAAGAAGAGCGUCAGCUCAGGUCCAUCGCGUAGCAGCUUCGCUCUCAAAAGACAGCCGGACUUUACGCUACAUGCAGUCGUGCUUGCUUUCCACCCUAUCUGGUAUAACAUGCUCCUAGCCUUCUGCUACAGCGAUGGCAUGAUCGAGUUCAGGAAGCGGUCAACCAUGGAAACCAUCAUGCCCGACAGCAACACCGACACCGUGACGUCUCUCCUCAAAGCCGGCUUCGUCUUCCCACACUCCGAACCCUCGCUACAUGUCGCCUUCUCGCCAAACCACUGCAUGGCAGUUUGUAUGCAGCAAGAAGGCGCCAUCAAGCUUCGCUCAAUGGAAUACCAGCACGGCACUCUGGCCACAGACGACGAUGACCCGCGGCAUGCAGCUGCCCUCGCAGCACUCAUCCUACAGUCCUCUUCAGCAGCAAAUCAAUACUACUCCAGCGACGACAUCUUCGCCAUCAUCGGCCCCCUUUCUGACAAGCGAAAGCAAGACUUUAUAAACCUCCUCUUCGAAGGCCUACAAGUGAACAUUGACUGCGGAAUCGACGAGAUGAACAACAACCAUCUCAUUCUCCUCGGCCGAUCCCCGUUCUUCGUGAAAACACUCUCAGCUAUGCACCUCUUGGGACUUGAAGGCAUGACCAACCGCUCGCUGUCGAGUAAAAUGGCCUGGAUCAUCCUCAACAUCAAGUACGUCACGCAGAUACUCACGACCAUUGCACGCAUGCACGGCUCCCUCGAAAAGACAUCGCUCCGCCCCGAGGUCGUUCCGCAAUUCAUCGGCAUCUGUCGCUGGGUCAUGCACUUCAUGGCGUACACACUCGACGAGCUCUUCGCCCUCGGCCGCGCAGUAGAAGAUAUCCCCCCCACCUCCCUUACCCGCGAAGUCCUCGAAGCCAAGAUCCACGAGCUGAACAAACCCGCCGUCCUACUCCUCUUGAGCGCGUUUCCCCGCGCCAUGAUGAAACUCUGGGCUCAGCCCAUCGCCUGGGUCAAGCGCUCGGCGGAAACGUUUACAAACCCGUCAGCGCCCACACCCUCGCCGGAGAUACGCCGCUUGUACACGCCGCUGCAGGUCGCGGUCAACGACCUCCCCUUCGAGUGGCGCUGGUUCGAAGUCCUCGUCAGCGAAACCAAUACCCUCGUCCGCGGCACCUACAAAAAGGCUAACCUCUCCGAAGCAAAACGCAACCUCGUCGAGCGCGAGCUGCUCCUCGGCAAGAUCCCGGACAUCCUCCUCCCCAUUGCCAAACGCCUGGUGACGGACACGCUGUGGAACGGCAGCCAGCAAGGCGGCUGCCUCGUGGAUAAACUCGAUCUCGGACGCCUCAUGUUCUUCGAUACCACAUGGUUGGGCUUCCAAGAGAGUAAGCGCGGCGCCGUCUGGCAUGAUACGCAUGUCGUGGAUGUGUGUCAGAAGAUGAUUAUUCGCGGUGUGGGCACGCAGUCGCAUCCGAGUAUGAGUCCGCAGCCGAAUCGUAGUAGGAGUGAUAGUAUCCAGAGCAUUAACGGCGGCGGCGGCGUGCCGGGCGAGGCGAAUGGAGGGAAGAAAAAGUCGCAGUUGAGACAGUGUGUGCGGUGUGGAGAGUUCAUGGAGGAUGUGGUGCAGGGCUUGCCUGGGUAUACGCCCCAUCAUGCGAGUUGGCUCAUGGGCGUUGCGAAGCAUUGUGUUUGUGGGAAUAGCUGGAUGCUUGCCGAGGAGAAGAACAGGGUACGAUAGAAUAGUAGAUGAACGUCUCACAUAGUGUACCGAAAUUAUGAAUCCAAGAUGGACAUGUUGUAUUUUUUCAUUCAGGUUUCAGACUAUUCAUUCUUCAUGUGGCGC